UGGGAAAGAACACCGACGAAACCGGCGCACAUGAGUUCUCCGUGCAUGGCGCGUUUCUGCGCAUGAAGCGUUUUUGCGUCAGCUUGCUUGUGUUUGGGAAGCCUGUUGCGCCUGUUGAGUAUUGUGACACUAUUUAAGUGAGCAUUUAAGUCAAGCCAAGCGCUGAAAUGGGUCGAAGAAAAAGCAACAGGAAACCACCACCAAAGCGCAAGAAUAUUGAGCCAUUGGAUCUCCUCUUUAACUGCCCGUUCUGCAACCACGAAAAAAGCUGUGAAGUGAAAAUGGACAAGGCGCGGAAUUCGGGCCGUGUGACGUGCCGGGUGUGCUUGGAGGACUUCCAGACCAACACCAACAUCCUCUCGGAGCCGAUCGACGUCUACAACGACUGGAUCGACGCCUGCGAGUCGGCCAACUGACCGGCGCCGCCGCCUGCCGGCUGACGAACGCCGGACCGGGUCCUUCCUGCGGCUGACGGACGCCGGGCCGACGCCGCGACCUGUGGCUGACGGUUGCCGGACCGACGCCGCGACCUGUGGCUGACAGGCGCCGGACCGACGACGCGACAUGCUGCUGACGGACACUGGACCGGGUCCUUCCUGCUACUGACCUGCGGCUGAUGGACACCGGGCCGACGCCCGACCUGCGGCUGACGGACACCGGACCGGGUCCUUCCUGCCGGCUGACGGACGCCGGACCGACGCCCGAGUCGGCUGCGUCGGCCGCCGGCCUGUGAGCCGCGGAGCGUCGUCAGCGAGCAGCCCGCGGCGACGGAGGUCGGCGCCGCGGUGAGGACGGUGUGGGGACAGCCAGCCGGUCACUGCUCGUGUUGGUAACGCUGGCCGCGGACGUCGUCCGAUCCGCGCCGAACAGGGGGCGCGGGGGGGGGGGGGGGGCGCCGCCCUGGGGCCCAUUCCCUUGUCUGUGGGCAGUGGCGGGUGCAUCUGUUGACCGAUUGUACUGAGUUUCUAUUGCGCAUAUCACGACCAUUGUAGAGAGCAGUGAGUAUUCAUUCGGUAAAAAUUUACGGCCGGACUUAUCCGGAGAGGGGCCGAUAACGGUGACCAGAUUUUCAACCCUUUCGGUGGUACUAUUCGUCAUAUGGCAGUCGCAGUCAUGUCAAUGCAUUGAUCAUCAUCAUGUGUCACGUAAAUCAAUAAAGUUAUUGAUAAUAUCUA